AUGGCUCCUGUCCUGUUAGAACCCACAAUUGUUGUUCCCGAGCCCAAUACUGCUCCAUUGAAGGUCGCAGUCAAUGGCACUUCCACCAAUGGAGUUGACCUUGCCCUGAAGGCACGUCCUUGGCGACUACUGCACCUCGCCGACACCCUCAAUCCAUCUGCACCCGCCCAGGAAGAACAUCCGGAUAUUCAUAUCCAGCGGCUACUCCAAUUGGCCUGGGUUACCACAAUUAGAGCAUUUUCCUGCUCGACAACCCUAUACAUUGGCCAAGACUAUCCAAAUGGUCAAUGCUACAUAGGCGAGGCAGCUGAUGGUUACCCCAAGCCGACCGUCCAGAUCCACGUGGAUCCUCAUGACACCGUGAGAGGUCUGUUGACCGAGUGCAUUGAAGCAUUAGGCACAUUAUCUCAGACAGGAAUUACGGAGAAUGUCCACACCGGCCAGGCCAGCGAGCGUGGUGGCUUCAAUGUGACAAUCAUGUACCAGAGGCAAGCGGCGAAGGGCAUCCUGUCUAGUCAGGACGCAUGCGUCGGCGGAUGCAAGGCAUGCUGUGGCAUACCGGUGAGAGAGCCGACGGAGGUAGAUUCGAUGUCGACCGGUCUCCGCCUUUCAAUACGCCAUACCUCCGGCGAUAGGUUGCAUGCCCGACUAGAUGUUGGAAGCACUCGCAUCGGACUGCCAUUGGCUACAAGCCUCUUGAACAGUUUCAGCCAGGCCCUCUCAUCAAUCGAUGGCUCAUCCAUACAGACGAUCGGCAGCCUCGAGUUAUGCUCGCCGCAAGACAUUGUCCUGAUUGCCCAAUUCACUGGAAGCAUUGGCCCAGCCCAUGAUGCCCUGCUACAUGAGCUUUGUUUACAGCACGCAAAGACAACCCCCGAUGCCCCCGCCGUUCGCUCUUGGGAUGGGGAUCUGACAUAUCGACAACUCGAGCAAUUGACUUCUCGGUUAGCACAUUGGCUAGUGGGACAAGGCGUGGGGCCAAAGAUAUACGUGGCUUGUGCCUUCUACAAAUCCACCUGGGCUGUUGUAGCCCGACUGGCUGUCCUCAUGGCUGGUGGGGCGUACAUCUGCGUCGAUGGCAGUGAUCCACCACCGUAUCUUACAUCUGUCCUCGAACGCACCCAGAUAAAGAUCAUGCUCACCUCAGCCGGGUACAAGGAAAGAUUUGCCGAUCGGGUUGAAACUCUGUUCGAGGUCAGCAAUGCUUCCGUUUCCAGUUUACCAUUGGUGACUUCGGUCCCUUGUUCGACCGUCACGCCCACCGACCCUUGUGUUGUGCUCUUUACAUCCGGCAGCACGGGAAAGCCAAAAGGAAUUAUCCAGGAGCACCGUAGCUAUGCCUCCGCAUUGACGGAUUACAUCCGAGUCAUGGGCAUUGGACCACAUAGCCGGAUGUUCCAAUUCGAUACGUACACAUUCGAUAUCAGCAACAACGACUUCCUGGCGCCUCUCAUUGCUGGCGGGUGCUGCUGUGUUCCGACUAGAUCUCUGACGAUGGACUCGCUAAUGAAUGACAUGAACGAUCUGGAGGCUAACAUCAUGUUCAUAACGCCGUCAGUCGCCGUCGACAUGGAACCAGACCGCGUCCCCACCCUGGAGAUGAUGUGUAUUGGCGGCGAGCCAGUCUCAGACGCUGUACUGGCAAAAUGGCUGGAUCGCGUGCAGGUGGUUAAUCAAUACGGCAUGGGCGAGAUAGCCUCCCUCUGCGCAUAUAACCGCAAUCUCCAGAUGGGCCGCGGGUCAGUGGUCGGUCGUCCCGCUACAGGUGCAAUCUGGAUCGUGAAUCCCGAUAACCCUGAUCAACUGAUGCCCGUCGGAGCCGUAGGCGAACUCCUCAUAGAGGGCCCCCAUCUCUCCAAGGGAUACCUAGACCACGUCUCUGGAAAAUCGGAGAAUUUCCUCUCCGCGCCGCCAGUCUGGAUGGCUGAGCUGCACACCGACAGGGCAAGUCACCGUCUCUAUCGCUCCGGAGAUCUAGGCCGGUACAACCACGAUGGGACGAUCGAGCUGAUGGGCCGCAAGGAUAGCAUGCUCAAGCUCGACGGGGCGCGCGUUGAAGCUGGCCAAGUGGAGUACGUUCUCCGCCGCAAUCUGUCUACGGGCGAUGCGGCCGUCGUGGACGUGCUAGGCGCUAUUGAUGGCCAGGCCGAUCCCAUUCUUGCCGUAUACUUAUACCUGGCGAAUAACCCCAUGAAUAUGGAAAGUGGUCCGGUGGAAGAGAUGGAGUUCCGCCCGAUCAGUGAGAGACACGCUGUUCAUGCGCUCACCCAGUCGCUGAGCGAGGCGGUUCGUCAGAGCUUGCCGAAGUACUAUGUUCCUGCGCUGUAUAUCCUUAUUGAUAGAGUCCCGCGCACUAAGUCCAAGAAGACGGACCGCCGGAAGCUCCACAUGUUAGGUCAGGCUUAUUACAUGGAACAUCGGGAGGAGCUGGAGGCGAUUACUGUUUGGUUGGAUUGGAGUCAGAUAUAA